GUAAAGACAAUGGUUGAAGUUGGAGAGGAAGGAGUAGGAGGAUGAUGAGGCCGGUGAUAUUGUCGUCGUGGGCAUUGGAGGUUUUGAGAUAUGAGAAUAUAGUUUGGGACAUUACUAGCAGAUAUAGGAUUUAUCAAUCUUGCAGCAGAUUAUCAGGUAUGUACCAUUUGAUUCUUGAUUUGUUUAGAAUCUAUGCAACUUAAAGUGGUACUCCUUUAUUCUUUUCUAUUAAAUAUGAUAAAAUUUAUAAAUUAAAGCGAACAACAAUAACUUUUGUGAAGCCUAUUAUAUAAUAAUAGCUGAAAUUGUUUAAUGUUCCACUCUAAAUUGUUGUUAUUUUAUUUUAUUUUUAUUUAAAACCCCUUCUUUGGCAGCUUUUAUUUACCCAAAAAUGUUUGUGGUUUUCACAAGGAUAAAGUUUAUUGGUUCAUAAUUUAAUGGAAAAAUGAAAGAGAAUCUUGAUGGUUGGUUUCUGAUUACUCAAAAACCAUUCAACAUUUAUUCAAAUCAUUCUGCAGUUCUGAAGGUAAGGUGGA